GCUACCGAGCACACCACAAGUAGCUUCAGUAGUAGCAGUGCUCACUACAUUAUAUUUGUUCCUCAGCUGAUCUUGAUCUGUCGUGGAAGUACCAGGAGGAGCUUUUGCUAGCAAUGGCUGCCAUGCCGCUGCUGCAUGGAACCCUGGAUGCUACCAUCUUCGAGGCCAAAUUCAACAACAGCAACCAAGUUACCAAGUUUCUCCAAGGGCUGAUUCCACAAAUGGAGGGCCGGCCCACUACUGGUCUGCCAGUACAGAUGUACGCAACCAUCGACUUGAACAACGCUCGCGUGGGCCGCACCCGCAUCGACGACAGCAACCCCGACAACCCACGCUGGAACGAGUCCUUCCACAUCUACUGCGCGCACUACACCACCCACGUCGUCUUCUCCAUCAAGCUCCGCCUGCCCAUCGACGCCGUGCUCGUCGGCCGCGCCUACCUCCCCGUCCAGGACCUUCUAUCUCCGACCCCCAACGACCAGGAGGACAACAUCGUCGACAGGUGGCUAGACAUCCUCGACGACGAGAAGAAACCACUCCCGCACGGGCCGAAGAUCCACGUGCGAGCACGGUUCACCGACGUGGCCGGAGACCCCAGCUUCGGCAGCGGCAUCGACGGCAAGAAGUACGCCGGCGUGCCGAGGACCUUCUUCAAGCAGCGGCAGGGGUGCAGGGUGACGCUGUACCAGGACGCGCACGUGCUGGACACGUUCAGGCCGGACAUCAAGCUCGCCGGCGGCGCGGCGUCGUACGAGCCGCGCCGGUGCUGGGAGGACGUCUACGACGCCAUCGACGGCGCGCGACACUUCGUGUACGUCACCGGCUGGUCGGUGUACGCCGAGACCACGCUGGUGCGUGACGGGAACCGGAAGCACCCCGGCGGCGGCACCACCGUCGGCGAGCUCCUCAAGCGCAAGGCCAAAGAGGGCGUGCGCGUGCUCAUGCUGGUGUGGGACGACCCGACCUCGCUCCUCAACAUUGGCAUCCUUCCCAGCCAGCUCGGCACCAACGAUGCCAACACGUUCAGCUACUUCAGAGGCAGUGGCGUGCACUGCGUGCCCUGCCCUCGUAACCUCGACGACAGCGAGUACCCCGUCCAGUUCAGGAAGACGGUGGCGCUCAGCCACCACCAGAAGACCGUCAUCGUGGACGCCGACGAGGGUUCCGGCGGCCUCCGCCGCGUCGUCAGCUUCGUCGGCGGCAUCGACCUCACCAACGGCCGCUACGACACGCAGUCCCACUCCCUGUUCAGCACGCUCAACACGGCGCACUCCAACGAUUUCUACCAGAACAACAUCGCCGGCGCGUCCAUCGACAAUGGCGGGCCGAGGGAGCCAUGGCACGACAUCCACUGCAAGAUCGAAGGCCCAGCGGCAUGGGACGUGCUGCACAACUUCGAGCAGCGGUGGAGGAAGCAAGGCGGCAAGGACGACAUCCUGCACAACGUGCUCUGGCCGUGGAAGAACAAAGGUGACCUCCUCGUCGACCUGAAAGGUAUGGAGAAUGUGAUCGCGCCGCAGUCGGCGGCGGCGGUCGCCGGCGGUGACCCGGAGGCGUGGAAUGUGCAAGUGUUCAGGUCCAUUGAUGGCAGCGCAUGCUCUGGGUUUCCCAAAACCCCACAGGAGGCAGCUCAGUCAGGGCUGAUCAGUGGGAAAAACCAUGUCAUUGACAGGAGCAUCCAGGAUGCCUACAUCCACGCAAUUCGUCGUGCCAAGCGGUUCAUCUACAUCGAGAACCAGUACUUUCUUGGCAGCUCCUUCGGAUGGAAACCUGACGGCAUAAAGCCGGAGGACAUCGGCGCGCUGCAGCUGGUGCCCAGAGAGCUGUCACUGAAGAUUGUCAGCAAGAUCGAAGCCGGCGAACCCUUUGUGGUGUAUAUUGUUGUUCCAAUGUGGCCGGAAGGCGUUCCAACGGCUUGGAACAUUCAGGCUAUGCUGAGUUGGCAGAGUAGGACCAUGGAGAUGAUGUACACUGACGUUUCUAGAGCUCUCAAGGCGAAGAACAUCGAUGCAAACCCAAAGGAUUACCUCUCCUUCUUCUGCUUGGGUAACAGGGAGGUGAAGGUACCGGAUGAAUAUGAACCUAAACGUCACCCGACACCUGGGACCGACUACGAUCGGGCCCAGAAGGCGCGCCGCUCUAUGAUCUAUGUCCACUCCAAACUAAUGAUCGUGGACGACGAAUACAUCAUUAUCGGAUCGGCCAACAUCAACCAGCGGUCCAUGGACGGAGCAAGGGACUCUGAAAUCGCCAUGGGUGCGUACCAGCCGUCCCACCUCAACACCAAUGGUGAUGUUGCCAGAGGACAGGUCCAUGGCCUCCGGAUGUCGCUGUGGUACGAGCACCUUGGUGAGCUGCAGGAGGAUUUCAAGGACCCUGGUAGCCUCAAGUGUGUUCGGAAGGUGAACAAGAGGGCUGAGGAGUUCUGGAAGAUGUACACCAGCGAUAACCUGGAGGAUAACCUCCAUGGGCACCUGCUCAGUUACCCCAUUGAUGUAACCAGUGAAGGCACGGUGACAGAGCGUGAAGGGGUGAAAUUUUUCCCAGACACAGAGGCUCCAGUGCUCGGCACGGUACCCCUGCGGGUUCAGCUUGGCAGUGCAUUCACAGAUUAUGUCUUUACUACAUAAAAAACCAAAAAAAAAAAGCAUGCAGGGGCAAGCAUACACUAUCCAAUAAACAGUUUAGUAUAGCAUUCCACAUUUGGUGCGCAAAAUGUAUUCUAAGGCAGUAUGUAUGACGUAUUUCUGAGCUACUACUUUCCUGUUUACGAGUAUUUGAAUGAUGUGGAUAUGUGGUUAGUGUUUGGAUCCAUUGGAUUAACAAAUAUAUUAUUAAUAUAUGUAUCAUCUUGUCUCAGUAAAAAAAAAAUAA